AUGGUUUGGGCUGCUGCCACCAUGGCCUCAGCAUCCAGCACAAGUGCUAAGAAUCUUUUCGCUGACUCAAAAACUCUGCUGGCUAAGCGGGUGCAAGUCAAUGUUAACAACAUGGGCUCCAUCUGCCGUCAGGUUAAUCGAGGCUCACAGUCAGCUGACAUGCUCACCCACUCUGCCCGGAACAUGGCUCUCCAGGAGCACGCAAUUAAGAGCUCAGAAGAAAACCUACACAGACUGAACAUCCUUAUGACACACCUUGGGUAUCAAUACGAAGCUAUUCAUCGUUCAGCUUAUGCCCUAGAGAAUGUCAAGGAGCAGGUGAGGGACAUGCAGCGGUAA